CACACAAUGAGCACCAUCAAUCUUCCCACGACGCAGCGCCGGAAGUGGCAGCAGAGUUUAUCCGAAUUUUCGCCGAGCGGCUCCUCCCGCUCCCGACGGGCGAGCUUCUCCUCUCCGCCAACACCGUGACGAACUUCUCUUCCCACCGCCAUCCACCACCUCCAACGCCCCUCAACCAUCACGAGACCGGUCACAAUGGUGUCUCAACGCAUUAUGCGGGCGCCCCUGCAGCUCUCGGCCACCCGCUUCACCCCAAUGGCCUUCCGAGCCGCGGCCAUUGCGCCCUUCAGCACCAAGCCAGCUGCCGCGCCGAAGCAGCAGCAGGCACAGCAAGCCGUCGUCAGGAAGACAUGGUUCGCGGCACCGCCUGCCCCGAGCAAGAACAUGACUCCGCUCAAGGCCGCCAUGCCUCAGCUCAUCCCCUUCUACUUCGUCAACGAGGUAGUGUACGCCUUCACCAUCAUCCCGCUUCUGACGUACGUCUUCUCGAAAUACCUCUUGCCCAACAAGCUGCGGCUUUUUGCGGCGCGGCUGUUUGUGAGCAAGCUAUGAGGAGAUUAUGGGCUGCGCGGGAGAGGAGGAUACGAGGAAAGAGAUGUGGGAGGAGUGAUGGCGUGCCUACAUUCAAUGUAGGGCAUUGGCCAGAGUGACAGGGUGGAGGAUAGAAGGACGAGGAGUGGUUUCUUUUGUGUUAAGUGUAUAUAACCACACCAACAAGAAAUCAUCACACAUCUGUACUCCCCCUUUCCAUCAGAACAGUGCCAGCCGCUAUGCUUGCCAUUACAUGAGGGGUACGGAAGGGCCAGCGGUGUUGCGAACAUCACGAAUCGGUCCAAUAUGACUGGCGCAAGGCAUCACUUGGCA